AUGGCAACAUCAUCCAAAGUACAGAAGAUUAUGGUGCAGCCGAUUAACCUGAUUUUCAGGUAUCUGCAAAAUAAAACAAGAGUGCAGAUUUGGUUGUUCGACAAGGCUGAUAUGCGAAUCGAGGGUCAGAUCAUUGGCUUUGACGAGUUUAUGAACUUGGUUUUGGAUCAAGCACAAGAAGUGACGACUAAGGAUGGUGGCACCAGAAGAAACAUUGGUCGAAUCAUGCUUCGAGGAGACAAUAUUACGUUGAUACAAGCGACUGGAAACUAG